GCCGAGUUUGCUGGUCAUGUAGAAAUUUUGCCGCCGCUGUUUUUUUUACCUCCCUCCAUCACUUCCGGCAGGGGUGGUAUUUGUGUGUUUGUGCGUUGUCUCUCUCGUUCUCUCCCCCAACUUUUCGCGUUGUAUAUUCCCAGAAGUUGGGCGCCAGAAAUGCCGGCGACGUCUUACAUUACAGACGCCACAGCGUAGCGACGCCGUAUAGAGAACGAGACACGCACCCUAUCACAGGGGUUGCUAUUCCAACCCAGGCAAACAACAACGUAAUAUUAUUUUCGCUCAAACUUUGAAAACAAACAUCUCGUCAUCGACCUGUUUUACUUUGAUGAGAGAAAUCGCGAAAUUUUUCUAGUUUUGCAAAAGAAUCCACCAAUUAAUUUUAGUGAUCGAAAUAAUAAUAAUAUAAUAAUAAUCUAAGGGAUGAUUAGAAAAAGUGACCUGAUCGUCUUUGUAUUUUUCGGAGCAAUAAUCAUACAGGAGGGUUCGUCAUUGAGAUGUUACAGCUGUAGUUCAAAACAAAAUGCCAACUGUAUCGAUCCGGCAAGGCACAGGAUGCCUCCGACCUUUUGUAACGAAACUGCCCUUCACUCCAUAAAACUGCUAGCCCAUAAAAGUGUAUCCCGAAAAAUAGCAGAAGUUUACGACAUCGACUUGAAACACGGCAGGAUAGAAGGUCCUUACGACUGCGUCAAACAAAUUACUAAAGAAAUCGAGAACGGUGAAGAAGUCGUUCUAAGGGGAUGCCAAGUUUCCAUCACCGAAAAUCCGAAAUUUUGUAACAAAAUCGAAACGGUAGGGGGUAAAACGAUAACACACUGUUCUACAUGUAAUACAGACGACUGUAAUUUAGCCCCGACUAAUUUACCCCUAAAAUGGCUUACGCUAGUCGCUCUGGUCUCAUUUUUAACAAUUACAAAUUUUUAUUAACUAAUUAAAUGAACGCAUUUUGCUAUUGACAUAAGAAUUAAUAUAAGAGUAAUUAAAACAAAAACACUAUUUAUCCAUGUGCCUGAAUUUUUUUGAAAAAUUGUAAAUUACAGUUACAUAAUUAAUACUAUUUAUUAUGAUAUGGAAUUGUAACGCUUUGUUCGAAAUGACGAUAAAAAAGGAAGAACGUUAUUGUUAUUAUUGAUAAGAAGCUUGAACUGCAACACAUGCAUAUAUGUCAGUAUGUCGUAUCCAAUGACGAUAUUCUCAAUGACGUACGUAACUGCACACAAUAAAUUUUAUGAAAUUUUCGAAUUUUUGACGGCAGUGCAUCAUACAAUACCUACAUAUAAAUAAUGUAAAUGUAACAAAUACAUCUUUUGUAAAGCUUUUCUAUACCUACCUACAAAACGAUAUGCAAUUAAACAUUUAUACAUUGUACUCAACUGUGUAAUAAUAAAAUAAAUAAAAAGAA